UCUCAGACCAUGUUAGAGCGAUGCAGGCGCUGGGGCUUCGAGUUUAUUCCGAGGGCGAGGGCAACUGCGCAUGCGGAGUGAGCAGACGCAAGAUGGCGGCCGCUCUGUCCAGGGCGCUGAAGCUACCCGGGAAAAAGAUUCACGAUCUGGGAGAGUACGACCCACUCCGGCAGGCUGACAGUGAUGACAGCGAAGAUGAUGGCAAUCUCAACUACCAGAAAAAUGGCAACCUCCAGACUGAGGCCAGCAUUGAGACCACGCUUGAUGGAGACGCAAACGCUGCAGUCGAAAUGCACGCACUGAAAGUGAAGCAGCGGCGGCUGGAUGAAACUGGCUCCGCUGAAGUCCGAGCGACAGAGGUGUCCGAUGAAUUUACCAUUAAAGCCAGAACGUCGCUCGUCCCUUGCCUGCGGACAGCUGCCUUCCUCCUCACCCUUGCUUUCGUCAUGGUCCUCGUUCUCGUCUGUGCUUUCUUCAUCCCGUGUCCAAGGAGCCUGCCACUGAUGACCUCAUGGAACCGAAGCCUUGGCCAAGCAGCUGGUUUCACUCCUGUGAUGACGCUUUGGGAUGUCAAUGAUGACCAAGUUUCUGAUGUUAUUGUUUCGUUCAGUUCCACUGGGAAAACCCGGGACCAGAGAGGAAGCCUCCGAUCACAAGCCACGUUGAAACUUCAUGUGUCAGUUGCAGUGUUAUCUGGGGUUGACGGCAGCGUUCUGUGGACAUCCCCGGCUCCGGAGCGACUGAAGUUCAUCCAGUGCGGCAUUGGCUACAUGGAUGGAGGGCAGUGUUCUGUCUGCUUAUUGGUUGGAAUCAAUCAUAUGUUGAAGGCUGUUAACAGCAGCUCAGGAAGUAGCCUGUGGGAAAUGAAGAGCGUGUACCGAUCCCAUCAGACUCCAGCCGCCCCGGCAGUGCUGCUUCCUGACAUAGACGGUGAUGGAUUUGCAGACUUACUGCUUGGGAGCAGACCUACUGUACUGACCAGUCGGAUUCGUGAUGUCUCCUUUGUGUUUGUGUCAGGAGCAACUGGGGCCCUGAUUGGUCAGUCGGUUUCUUACAAUGUCACUGGUGAAGGCAAAAUGAUUGGCCCAAAGGCAUAUGUGUCCAGCGGAGGGGUGCUGUAUGUUCUGUUUGGCUAUGGAAACAUCCAGGCUGUGUCCGUGAGGGACAUUUACAAGCAGGCGAAUGGCAAAGGCAGCUUGCCUCCAUCUCUACAAAAGCAGGACUCUUUAUGGGAAUGGAAGAGAAAAGGAAACCUGUCGGAAUUGUUGGAGGUGUACAGUAAUGGCUCUGCGAGGGAUCUGCAGACUCUGGGAAGGCGUGGAGAGAGUGGCAGUGACCUUCUGAUCACUACGAAGGAUAAGCUGCAGGUCCUGAAUGGGCAGCACCUUCUGCAACUGUGGUCUGCAAAUAGAAGCAGUAUUGAAAGUGCUCCUGUGACCGGCUUCUUCAACGAAGACAACAUCCUGGAUUUCCUGAUCCAGAUCACUAGUGGGAGCAACACGAGGAAGAGUUUAAUUAUUGAUGGGAGUUCAGGUGAGGAGCUAUGGAAAGCAAAACUGGGCUGCCGCAUCCAGGGUUUGGAGGCAGCUUCGAUACCACUAUCUGAUGGAAGAUCUGCAUUUCUUUUCUGGGCCAAAGAGUGUGGAAUGAAUCCUUCCAUGAGUGGAGUGGCCCCCUUGGCUCAGAGGACAGACUCCAACUCACAGAGCCAGUACCACCUCUACCUCCUGCAUCCAUUGUACCCCAGUGUCCUGCUGGAGCUGGCCAACAGCACAGAGGUCGUGGCAGCAUCAGCCACUGGAAUACUGGAGCAACAAAAGGACGCAUUUUACGUUACCAUGAUGAUGGGCUCCACGCACAGGUCUCACGAAAGCCGUACCAGGCCUCUGCUAGUGAAAGGCCUGGGCCUGAAUUGGGCGAUUUCCCACAGCAGAGUGGUGACCUUAGAGGAGGAAGCCAUCGGCACCAUCAGGAAGUUCUUCUCCAAGAUCCAGUUCUCUGCUGUCCAACACUGACUGGGACUGACCUGAAAUAAUGCUCAGAACUGAGGCUCAUCCACCGCUGUUUGCAGGAAUGUUGUACCCCAAUCACAGUAUCCCCUCCCAGCAUGCCGGCUCCCUGUCUGCCCCGUCUCCCAGCUUCCCUGCCCCGUCUCCCAGCUUCCCUGCCCCAUCACCCCUGGCCUCCCUGCACCCACCCCCUACCCCCAGCCACCACUCACCCAGCCUUCUUGCUCCACCCUGCUCUCCUGGCCUCCCUGCCCCCUCACUCCCAACCUCCCUGACCCUGCCGACCUCCCUCUCCCUGACCCAUCACCCACCCCUGGCCUCCCAACACCCCACUCUCUUACCAGCCUUCCUCCACCCCACACCUCCACCUUCCUGGCCUACCCACACCACCACCUGCCCCCUUCCCAGCCUCCUUGGCCCCCCUCCUGGCCUCCGUCCCCACCGCCCCUCCCAGCUUCCCUGCCCCCCCUACUCUCGGCUUCCCUGCUGCCCCUCCUGGCCUCUCUGCCCCCUCCCAGCCAGUGCACCCUGUGUCAUCCCAUCCCCGUUCAGCCACUGAGUGCAGCAUCCUAUUCUCUCCCAGUCACUGCCUGCCAGCCAGCUAUCCGCAUGGGAGCAUCUCAUUUGAGCUGGACGUAACUUGAAAAUGAUCGCCAAGGCAGCAGUCAUGGCCAGAGCUUUCCUGCUAAUUACUGGUUAAAUCGGAACAGCAUUUUGAAAGGAAUAGAACUCCUGUUGCUACAACCAUCUGCCAGGUCACCUCCAACCCGCUGUUGCAUGGAGUCAGCCAUCUCUACAUGAGGAUCCUAAUUUGUCUGUUGUCUACAAGAAGCCACAAUUAGAAGGAUGUAUAUUCUACAUAUAGUGAUGGGGGUGUCAUCCCCACCGAGUUUUAUUUAAGGCACACAACUUUACAAGUGUUCUCGCCUUGUAACUGCACUUUAGAAUAGAGCAAUCUUGUGUCUUAUUGUAGCUACAAUCUAAAUAGAGCCAUCUUUAGGAGGGCACCCUGUUAUAGUUUAUUAUAGUCUUCACUGAACCAAUCAAAAAGCUUGAAUGUGAACUUACAUUGAUGAAAAUACGAGAAAUAAUUGUUGUUAGAUUGAUUAUAUGUAUAUAAGAUCAGAAAAAUUAGGAGCAGUGAGCCUAGAUAGAUAAAUUAUUAGUAAAUAUACCCUAAACCAGUAUAUAUAAGCAGUUUAAACAAAUUUAAUAUAUAAUGUUUGUGUUUAUGGUAAUUUAUUUUGGCAACAAUCUGCUGCCCGCCCUGGGGCACAAGAGCAAUAUGACCUUUUAUUGGAGGUUGCCUAGUUGUGUGCCUGUCUCAGGGUUCAGAGGGCACCAGGACAUGUUAGUCUCAAGAUGAUGAUACUACUUUGCCUCUGUAAUAUGUAUUGACAGCUACUGUCACUCCAAAUUAAUUAAUCUUUAAUCCUUUACUGUAGGAAUUUUGGAUUAUGGAUCGGUUUACAGGGGUGGGGGGAACUUUGCUUUCAGUGUUAACAUUUACAUCUGUCACACAAAAACAGACCAAAAAUUUGAGUCAGUACCCCCCCCACCCCCCCAGCCCACCACCAAACCACCCCCAGCCAAAAUCAACUCUGUAUAUAACACGGGACUGAUCUCUGUUCCAAUGACAGUUAAGAGAUUGGGAAAUUUUUACUGUUAUAGCAAAGUGUUCACAGGACGGGGGGCUUGCUCUGUUCAGACCCCAAACUUGUUCUCUACAUUACUAAUCUGUACCAGUCUUCCUCAUUUCUUGGGCUGUAUAUAUAUUUCUCAUGUACAUUCCAAUAUUUUCUGAAAACUUUGUAAUCCACACUGGGAUUAUUCCCCUUGUCACUCCAGUGUGUGGUUACUCUUAUAAUCUUACAAUCAUUAUUACUCCAGUUCGUUUACCAGCAGACAUUUGCUUUAACAAUUGGAAAAGGGGGAAGGGGAGCUGUCCAGAUAGUCACUGGUGUGUGGGGAACGCUCUCUGUUUGUGAGCGUUGUAAAUAUCUGCAGUUUUACCCAACUAUCUGUGUAAGAAUGGUAUGUAAACUCAGAAUUACACCGGUCACCUCCAUUCUUGCUGUGUGAUAUUAGACAAAAAAGGAAUCAAUUAUAAAAGUAAAGUGCCAGUAGGCGCACUGGUA